CAUUGCAUGCGUGACGUGAGUAGUAGACGUGAACAAUCGAAUGACAGACUUGAUAGAGAUUUGAAAAAUAUUUAUUCUAAUAUUAUUGUUCCAGAUUCAAUAUUUUUACACUUUUUAAUAUUAUUUAAUAGUAACUGUUAUACUCAAUAUUGAUGAAAUUAAGUGUUUUAAUAUUAUAUUUCGAGCUGUAAUAGUGACAAUUCGGUUUGUUUAUUGGUUAACAUCCGCCAUUUUGUACUGUCGUUUGUUUAGUGACUGGUCCUAUUUCCUAGAGAUGCUAUACAUUUCUCCUGCAAACAUAUUAUAUUGAAAGUUUGCAUGUGGUGUACAAUGUUUAUGCUAGAAACUUUGCUUUUGGAGAUUUUGAAUUGAUCUCGUGCAAGUUGUCAAACUGACGUAGGUUGAACUCUACAUAUUGCCGGAUGUGUCCUAAAAUCGGUUAGGGCUGUUAUACCGAGCCACCUCGAGUGGUGUACGUGUUGUGAGACCUAUGCUGCCGAGAUUAUGAGUGGCAACGGCAAUCAGGUGCCCCUGGCGCCGAGUCAGCGAGGACCCGGACCUUACCCUCGGGCGUCCACACCACACAGACCGGAAUGCUACCAUCAAACGGGGAGCGCGGGCAGCUCGUAUAUGCCAGGCGCUGGGGCUUCGCAGAGCACCUCGCAGACCAUGCGGGGGCAGUCCGCACCGCAGCCGUCGGCCCCUCCAGCGCCGCAGCAGGACAUGUCGAAAACUAGCAUGGCGGGGCCCAACUAUGUAUCGCCGCCAAAUCAGAGUCAGUCGACGCGGCCGCAGUUUCAAAAUUUCUCCCAGUACAGAGCGACGCCGCAUGGGAACCGUCCUACUACACAUCCGAGGCAACAGCAGCCGUACAUGGGUAGCUCUGGUGCGUCAACGACUGGUCCGGUCAUGUAUCAUCCGACUGUGGUCUUCCAAACACCCAUGGGGAUACCGCAGACCUUUCAGCAGCCUAGGUCCAGCUCCACCGGGUAUUACCAGUACAUGCCCUAUAUAAGCUACACAACACCAACGGGACCUCCCUUGUUUGAAAUCGCAGACUAUUAUCCGUCGAACGGGCAGGCUUUAGCCGGCAACAGUGUGAGCAACGCGGGCGCGCGGGCCGGCGCGGCAUCGCUAGUGCAGCCGCCUACGGCGCAGGCGACGCCGGGCCCGCUGCCUCACGCUCAGAACACUGCGCACAUACAUCCCGGCAUGUCUGGUAUACGUCCAAGCCCUCCAAAGCGUACAUCUCGCAGACUUCCUAUAAUCAACCCUGUAACCAAACAAGAUAUAUUCUCUGAACUAUAUUCUAAUGAUAGCCAAUAUAUGAGUGGCGACUCCAAUGAAGGGCAAAAUGUCCAACCGGAGCCAACACAUAGCUUUGCAGAAGAGUUCGGGAGAAUGGUAAACGAAGCGGUUAACCAGCCAUCGUCGCCAAGUGAAAAAUAUAAAAUGAAUUAUAUUACUAAAACAGUCGAAGUGCCCGUCACAACGGCAAGCCUUAUAAAACCUCAUUCAAACGCAAUAAGUACUGUUAAUGUUAAUAUAGCAAAGUCUGAAAUAUUAAAUGUUAAUGAAAAUAAAAUUGUAGAAAAUGAAAUCAUAGAGUUCAACGAAACGCCGGUAGUUUCGGCCAUAUCAGAUAGUCCUGUUGUAGUGCCUAAAAUAUCAAUGAAUGUUAAGCAACUUCAAAAGAAUAGUGAGCAGAGUCAACCAUUAGCUGUAGAUAAUAAGAAUUUGCCAACUAAUACGCAACAAAAACAAUAUAAAAACAAACCAGAUGUGCCUCAAGAUGAAUUAGAAAAGCAAUCAGAUAUUGUGAGUUCUACUGUAGUUCCUCAUAGUACGUUUAAUAUACAAGCGGUUGUGUCUGCCCCUGCGUAUGUGCCUGUUUCGGCGUCUAUAUCUCUGUCCACUUCGACGGCUGCCACUUCCACUACGUCCACCAUGGCGGCGGUCACCCCUCUGCCGUCUAUCGAAAUGCCUGCGCCGCAGCCGCAAAGAGUAAGAGAGCCCCGUGAACGAGUGCUCUCGGAAGACAAAGAGAGAUUACCUUCAAAGCCAAAGGACCAAGAGAAAGAAAAUGUCAAGCUCAACGGUCCCGCUGCGGUUGAGAUUAGUUCAACUGAUAGUUUGCUGAUAACUAUCAAUCCUUCAACUAGUCAAGUUAUCAAUAACUCUGGAACAGAGCUUACAAAUAUAGUGAAACACUUACCUGCUAAGACAGAGACUGAUUUAUACACUGCGGACAAGAAACCGGAGAUAGUGAUUAGCAGAGAAAACACAUUCCCUGCCAAGUCAGUGCCCACUGCCACAGAACUUUUAUCUGCAAGCAUAGAAAAGCUGGCUAAGGAACAACCGAUACAGUCUGAAGCCAGUACAAAGCCCGAGUCUACUGCUAUCCAAGCCCAAGUAAAAUUAACUCAAGGAAUUGCAAGUGUAGCACGCAAUAAUCCUGAUCCAAGGAUGAAAGAUAUAAAUCUCAAUAGCAAAACAGAUUCAGAUCCAGACACUGCAAAUGGCAAUACCUCUGAAGUAGCAAAGGUUGAGGCAGUGAGAGAUGAGGCAAACAAAAAUGAUAAAGCAAUAAAAAAUGCUAAAAAUAGUAAUAAGAAAUCAAAUAAAACUGCAAACAACGAACAGGCAAUUAAAGCCGAAUCAUAUGAAAAUGGUAAUGAUGAGACUGAUAAAGUUAGCAAGGAGGUGGAGACGCCAAUAGCUAUGGAAGACGAGCAAGCGUCAUCCUCCGAUAAACCAGUGUUCAAAGUGCCAGCAGUACCUCCUCCACCGUCCUUAGCUGCUGCCCCUAAAUACAAAUACUCAGAUGAUCAAUGGUCACCAAAUAAUAGAUCUGGUAAGAAACGCUAUGAUAUUGGGCUUCUUAUGCAAAUAAAAGAUGACCCGCUCUCAAAAGCCAAGCCAAAUAUACCUUUGCUGGAAGCUUGUAAUGUGAUGAGGACUACACCCAUCCAGGAGUUGAUGACAUUCAGUCCUAUCUCGAGACCCAUAAUUGAUUCACUAUUACCCAACUAUGCAAAGAAUUCUGGUAUCAGUUCCAGGAGCAAUACUCCAAGGGAACCCAAGAAAGAUGGCAGAAAUAUGCCACAAAGUGGUAAAGGCAGCAUGAAGUUGGCACCAACACCAAGUGGUAGCAAUGCUCACCGUCAGUUUAUUUCUAUUUCCCUGUCACGUGAAGAGGUUAAGUUGAACCAGUCCAAAGAUGCCUGGAGGCCAACACGCUUCAAGAAGAGUGGUCUUAGCGAGGAAGAGUUCAAAACUCAGGACCUCUAUAAGAAAUUCCGUGGUAUUUUGAAUAAGCUGACACCACAAAAAUUCGACACACUAUUGGAUAAGGUAAAAGGUCUCGAGAUCAAUACUCAAGCGCGCCUUGAAGGUGUCAUUGAUUUGGUAUUUGAGAAGGCUAUUGAGGAGCCCAAUUUUUCUGAAGCCUAUGCAGCCAUGUGUAGCAAGUUGUCUAUGCUAAAGGUUCCGUCAGAUAACGCUCCCGAGCAGUGUGUCAAUUUCCGUGGACUGAUCAUCAGCAAGUGUCAAAAUCAAUUCACAACGGAUAAGGUUGACGAAAAUGUGCUAAAAUUAGAGAAGGAACUUUCAGAAUGCAAUGACCCUGCUAAGAAGAAAGAACUUCAAGAUCAGCUAACUGAAGAGAAUAGGCGCGUCAGAAUGCGAUCUGUUGGAAAUGUUAGGUUUAUCGGCGAGCUUUAUAAAUUGAAAAUGCUCACUGCCAAAAUUAUGGUGUACUGCAUGACGUACCUGAUUGAAAAGCUGGAAGAAGAGAAACUGGAAUGCCUGUGCAAACUGCUUACCACGAUUGGGGAGCAAGUCGAGAGCGAAGUCAAAGAACAGUUGGAGAGCGUGUUCAAGAGGAUGCAAGAUAUCGUCGAUCGCAAAUCGAACAAGAUCAGUAACAGAGUGCGCUUCAUGAUACAGGAUGUUAUUGACUUGCGCCGAGGGCGGUGGGUCACCAAGAAUGUAGUGGACUCCCAGCCCAAGAUGAUGGAUCAGAUUCAAAAGGAAGCUGAGCAGCAACAGCGAAACAUUGAGUUGAUGAACGCCAAUCCUAUGGGUGGUUUUCGGCGCGAAGAUGGACGUGGCAAGCGUGGUGACAACAGGAGACAAGGUCCCAACUCUUACAUGGACAACCAAUGGAAGACUAACACACGCAAUAGUUUCACUGUUGACGCCUCUAAACUUAAGGCUGUCACACAAAAUACACAAAAGAAUCUUAACAACAUUAAAUUGGCGCCACCUACAUGGAAUCACAGCAAAAAUCCAGCACAGACUGGCAGCAACUCUAUGAUUAGUAUCUCCAGGAACAUGUACAGUAUGCUAGAUACUAAUCAAGGGGACCCACCUUCACUUAAUGCCAACAAGGACAUCUCCACAAGCUACCAACACUCGAAGUCAAUCGAGAGAUCAACCUUCAAUUCCAGAGAUAACGAAAACAGCAGAUCUGGAUCAAUAGGUGUCCCUCGGUCGAACUCCGGUAGCAGAAGUACUAACGUGCCACCGAAACAAGUGCCAGAGACUGUUCCUUCCGCGCCGGUCCUCCAAGAGCCGUUGCCAGAGAGUAAACAGAAGCUGGUCAAAACACUUAUCAUGGAGUUCCUUGUCAAUCACAAUGAUGAGGAGUUUGCAUCUGAAUUCAAACAGUCAAUAGCUUUGCAGUAUCACACUGGUGCUGUAACUGAAAUAUUGAACAUUGCAUUAGAAAAAACAGCAAAAGAUGUUAAAGUAAUCGCGAAGGCGACAAAUCACCUCUUAUCAAGUGGUAUAAUUUCUGGUGAACAUUUCUUGAGUGGUAUGACUGAGAUUUUGGAGUGUGCACCGGAUUUGUUCAUAGAUAUCCCUAUGCUGUAUGAAUAUUUAGGCAAAUUUAUUGCACCCCAAAUAGAAAAGAAGCAUAUCACAUUUGUACAGAUGUUUAGAUUAUGUGAGAAUAUUAUAACGUCUGACCAUGGGCACAUGUUCUUAAAACCUGUAAUUAGAGACUUAAAAGAAAGCAUGGGACCUUCCUUUGUAAAACUUAAGUGGUCUGAAUCUGGACUGCAACUAAAACAAUGGAUGAAAGAAGACCAGGUUCCCAAAUGGCUAGAGGAUAAUAAAUUCGAAUUUUUGGAAGGCGAUAAUACUAUUGAAUCUUCGAAGAAAAUAAUGACUCCAGUCGAAACACAGAGCAAACUCUUGCAGCUAAUGAAUGCAGAUGAGAACUGUGAUUGUAUCAGAGGAUGGGUUCAGGAUAAUCUUGGUGUUUCUUCGAAUGAAAACUGGUUCAUUAGAGCCCUAAUCCAGGCGAUAUGCGAGCACGCGUUGUUUGGCGCAGAGGGCCGUGACGUGCCCCACUUCAGCCAAGAGAGGAUGAACAAAUUCGCGCCUCUCAUCAGUGAGUUUGGCGAAUCUCGUGAACAAAGGGAGGAGAGCUGUCUGUUCGGAAUACAGCAACUAAUAUACAGACUUCAACAUCCUCCAGGAUUAGCGUUAGAAAUAUUCCAAUUUUUGCAUGAACAAUACAUAAUAUCUGUGGAAGGUUUCACUGCAUGGGAGGAGACUGAAAUGGAACCUGAAGGAAAAGGUGUGAUGCUGAAGGCUCUGACGUCAUUCUUCACGAAUAUAAAGGAAGCUGACAACGAGGAGUCGUGCAGCGAAGACUGACGCGCCGCUGCGAGAGCUCUGCUCUCCGCAUUCCUCGCCAACGCUCCACACUCUAACAUAUAUUUAUUCGUUUACUAGCCCCGGCCGAUACUCGCGCGCGGGAGUCGCACGGCCCAAUGAUGUUAAAUACUAUUAGAUGUGUUACUGGCUCGUGAAAAGUGAAUCGCUCAAUUGACGAAAUUUCCACGUCUCAAUGUUAGUUUUUGAUCAACAACAAAUAAUACCUAAAUGUCGUCUAUAAUGUUGAGUUAUAAAAACUAUGUAUACAUAAAUAAAUAUUUUUUUCAAAGCCAAAAUUGUGCAUGAGUGCCGCUUUCUGCGGUGUUUUUGUAGGGACGUAACCGAUCUAUAGUAUAAAAUUAUCAUUGGCACGGCCCCUGACUCUAGUGCGCGCAGUGAUAUCGUGUAUGAUUGCUUAUGAUGAAAGUGUCGUCCGUCGGCGGCGUGCGGUCCCCUUCUCUGUGGCUGUUGUAUUUAAUCUGUGGCGCCAGCUCGUACGUCACCUCGACUGCAGUACGUCACCACAGAAUAGAGAAUGAUGCAGAAUGAGUCUACAAGCCGCACAGUGAAGCCAUAAAAAAACAAACCAUACACAAAGUUAUUUCAUCAUUUGUAUUUCAUGAUUUAACACUUAACAAUAAUUACGAAGUUAAUAUUGUAAUAAAAAUACUCCAUCUUAUUUAUUUUCAAUCUUUGUGAAGUUUUUAAAAUAUUUAAAAACACAAGACGCCAUGUUUCUUGUAUCAUCAUCAUCUCCUUACCCUUAUCCCACUUAAGUGGGGUCGGAAAAAUAUGUCAAUCUUUUCCAUUCGUUUCUAUUACUCGUCAACUCAUCAUCCACUCCUUUUACACACAUGUCCUCUUUCACACAAUCCAACCAUCUCUUCUUUGGCCUUCCUCUCCUCUUAUGACCUUCCACUUGCACAUUCAACAUUUUUCUAGUAAUAUGACUUUCCUCUCUACGCAUUACACGUCCAUACCAAGCUAACCUUCUACUCCUCAAUUUUUCUGUCACUGGCGCCACCUUCAGACUUCCUCUUAUAUACGCCAUGUUUCUUGUAUAAUAUUGAAAAUUACUCGUGCGACGCCUCGUGUUGUGGAAUGGCUACGUCACUGCCGUAUUCUGUACGCUCUAUCUGCCUAUUAUUCUUUAAUCUGUGUGACACGUAAAUAUUUUGCUAACGCCUCGACGGACAACCUAUCCUGUGAGCCCUUGUUUUGUGGUUAUUUUUACAAUUGGGAUAGUAGGCGCUUUUGCUUUGCGAACGACUGGGUACAGUAAUGUUAAAGGAGAUGGUCCAAAAUUGUAUGGAGCCCAGGAUCAGUCAUUGUACCCUGGCGGAAAUAGAAGAAAAUAUUAUUUUUAACUAUUUUUGAUUAUAAAAAUCUACGAAUUUAAUCCUUUCGAAAUAAUAUUCAUUAUCUCCUAAGAAAUGCAACACUAUAUGGGUAAUAAUGGCGGAUUGAUGACGUUUUCAAUGCAGUAGUCGAUUUGACGUUUGCUGUCAAUUGUCAUGUCACAAUUGGUAUAUGGGCGCCAUCUUUAUACAACUCAGAAACUUGGUUUUUAAUUUUAUUUAUUUCUUUUAAAUUAGUUUGAUUAAUUCCUUAUUUAGAUUUGAAUACAAUCCUCGUUUUUUUUUUAAAUUUCAAUGAUACGGGGUACAAGAGUGGUCCUGAAAUGGACCUCCUUUUUUAUGAUAUUCAUGUUUUCAAUACAGCGAGAUAGUUUUGAGGGACGCGGGGUUUGGCGCGGGAAUUACUUUAAUCAUAAGCUAAUCUAACGCGACGACCUCUUAAGCCGACUAUCCACUAGAGUGAUGUAUAAAACGUAUAUAUAUAUAUUUUUUACACGUGAACACGCAUGGAAAAAAAAUUAUGAAAUAUAAAAAUAUAAAUUAAAUAAUUUUUAAUCAAAUUCUCACAUAGGGCUUUAUUUAAUUAGCUACUUACUAUAUGUAUAUCAAUCGCUCUAGUGGACAGUCUGCCUUAUUUUAUGUUUAAGGCCGAAGGGGUUUUUUUUGGGAGCGAUCAACAUAGCGUCACGCAUCAGAAUAUUAUUCAGCAAGAAGAAAUAAUCAUUAAUCUAGCCUUAUUAUUUUAGACUAGGUUUUUAUUAUAUAAAUUAUAUUUUUUACCUGUUACCCUAUGAUAUGUCCAUAAAUUUAUUCGUUACGAUGAGAUAUAGAAUCGAUUCAUAAUCCAUAAUUUCAAUGUGACGUUAAUUUUAGGGGCAAAUUGAGAAAAUAUUGAAUGUGUUCGCCUUAAUGAACGUUCCCAAAAUUGUUCUUGUAUAAAUUAAAUAAAAAAAAAAAUAAAGUUAAAAGAUGUUGUAUAAUAUUUUAAGGUUUAGUUUCAAAUAAUGAUAGCGAGAUAUUUUUAAAUUGUAACCGUAACGUGUAUUUUGUGCCGCGUAUGAAAUACAAACACAUUGAAAUAUUAGAGAGUUUGUCAACAUUUUAUUUACUUUUUUGUAAAUUCUGCAUGUAAUAAAAAAACGAAAACUCUUAAAUCUCUCUCUUGCUCGCUCUAUACAAAAGCGAAUUUCGUUACGUUUAUGCAAUAGCGGGAUUCCGCGAAGUGAGUGCUUUUGGUCACUUCCCAAAUGUAUUUAUAUUUAUAUAUGUUAUAUGCAGUGGCGUGCACUUCAUAGAUGCAAAAAUGCACUGCCUACCCUAAGGGCUCAAUACAAACCUAACAUAGGUUAGGUUAGGUAAGGAAUUUUCCAAUUUUUACUAACAGUGCAUACCCUAGUUUAAAACCUUAUGCACGUCACUGGUUAUAUGCCAUAGCAAUCGCUAAUUUAGUUGUGGUAUGUGAACUCGUCAGUUUUAUAUUAGAGAGUUUGUUCAAAAUGUUAGUUACUCUUAUUUUUUUUUUUUUAAUUCUGCAUGUAAUGAAAGAGCUCUCACUCUCUUUUGCUCGCUUUAUACAAAAGCGAAUUUCGUUACGUUUAUGCAAUAGCGGGAUUCCGCGAAGUGAGUGCUUUUGGUCACUUCCCAAAUGUAUUUAUAUAUUAUAUGCCAUAGCAACCACUAAUAUAGUUAUGGUAUGUGAACUCGUCUGUUUUAUGGUAUGCAUAUUUAGUUUAUUUUCGGAGUCGUGAUAUAACAUUUCUUACAGGUCAACAAGGAAACUUAAGUUGUUAUGUAUACAAAAGUAAAAUAUCCUAUAUUCA